AUGGAACGCAGAGUCACCCUGAAAGGCCAUGUGUCUCGCAAGGAGGCACGUACGGCGGAAAUUGUCAAGGACUUGGAAUGUGGGAAUGCUUCGGAGGUCAGCACGAUGAUCACCCAGCUUCAGACUUACGAACCACAGCUGAUUGAGAUCCACCAUACUAUCCUCAAGGAGAAUGGGGAUUCAGAGGCUGAAACGAAGGAACAUGAGGAUUUGAUGGCUCGCAUACACCGACUUGAGAGGGACCUUAGAGUUGUCUUGCGAGAGUAUCAAAAGGAGGUUCCCCAAGCCGCUUCAGGGCGAGAGCCGUCUCCAUUGCCGAUUAUAUCCGAUGCUCCUACAGAAGGACGUCCGCUCCACACCGGAGCCAUUCCCAAAAUCCUCCAGCCAUCUCUGCUGGAUCAUCUGGAUAGUGAGCCCCCCAAUCUCCAUCCAGGCAUUGAUGUAGGAUUACCCCCUACGCCAGGAAAAACCACGCUUGAAUCCGCCCUAGCUUAUCUCAUGGAGCACCAGGCGAAGGCGGAAGAGCGUACCCAAAGAAUGUUCGAGCAUUUCCGGGAGUCUUUGGGAAGUCCGCGCAGUGGAAGCUUCAGCCCCCAUGCGGCUGGUGAGUCCUUCCACUGCAAGUUGCCAACGCUGACGAUCCCUGAAUUCAAUGGAGACCAUACAGCAUGGUACAAUUUUAAGGACAUGUUUGUCAGCAUCGUCCACCAGAAUCCUCGGCUUUCCAACAUCCAACGCUUGCAGUACCUCAUGACUGCAGUCACCGGAACUGCCAAGAGACUUGUGGCAAACAUUUCCCUCACCGACCGCAACUACAUCAUUGCAUGGGAUGCGCUCUGUGCUCACUAUGAUGAUCAGCAUGCCAUCGUACAUCAUCAUGUCGAGAAGUUGAACAAAAUGACAGCUGUGUCUACCCCCACGGUAUCAAAUUUUACUGACUUGUACACCACUACUAGUUCAGUAUUGAAUUCGUUGGAUGCACUUGACCAAACCAACCGGGAUCCGUGGAUAAUUUACUUGCUGCUGUCCAAGCUAGACCAUGAGAGCAAAGUGUUGUGGUCUCGAGAGGUAGGCAGCCGCCAGCCUACCCUCUCCCGAUUCAUGUUGUUCAUGAAGGAUAGACUCCGUUCCCUUGAAGUAUGCCAAGCGACCCCUGGACCGAAGCCCGCCGAUCAUGGAAGCAAGGGAAACACAGGGAAGCCUCCCCAGAAGUCAGGGAAGUCCAAUGUACUGGCCACCACGGCCGAAUCCGCGUGCCCCGCAUGCAAAGCCACUGAUCACCGGGUAUUCAAGUGCCCGAAGUUCUUACGGAUGUCACCAGCGGACCGUCUGGCUCUCAUCCGUGAAAAGGGGUUGUGUCGUAAAUGCCUGGUCAGCACCCAUAUGACGAAAGACUGCUCAUUUGGGACGUGUACGACCUGUGCUGGACACCACAACAAGCUGUUGCAUGAGGCCUUCAGACCAAAUGCCCCACAGCCGGCCACAGGUGCGAAGGCACAAGAGAAGACGCAGCCUGCGAUCCCGCCGAGUGUCUCCACUCCGCCUCAGACCAACGACAAAAAAGAAGAAGCAGCUGUGUGCUCAUCGCUGACUGAACCAUCAGCACCAAGGAAGAUUUUCUUAGAGACAGCGGUGGUGCACAUUCUGGAUAGACAUGGCGUUCCUUCCCAAUGUCGCGCCUUGUUGGAUUCCGGAGCUCAAGCCAAUUUGCUGUCGCAGUCCCUAUUCCAAAAACUCAAGCUCCCAAAGUGCAUCUCCACUUUAUUCAUUGGGGGGGUUGUAGAUGGGGGGACUAAGGCAAAAUACCAAACCGAGUGUACUGUCCGAUCACUCCAUAACUCGAAGUACUUCUCCAUGACUUGUCAGGUCGUUCCUUCCAUCCUCCAGCAGGAUAUCCCAAAUUGGUGUGUCAGUCCAGCAUCAGUUCCCAUCCCAGGCUAUAUGGAACUGGCUGACCCAACCUGGCACGUUUCUCAGCCAAUUGAUCUGCUCAUUGGCAACGAGUUCUACAAUGAUGUGGUUUCCGGGAAGGUGCUCAGACUCGGGGCUCAAUUACCUGUGCUGAAAGAGUCCGUGUUUGGGUGGAUCAUCUCGGGACCGUGCACAGUCCCGCCGGCAGAACCUGCUGCCCCUCAAGUUGUGGCAGCUACCACGCUGUCAUCCAUAGAUACCUCAAUUAGGAAGCUCUGGGUCACAGAGCAAGUGGAGGCCCCACGCAGUACCUGCCCAGACCAUAUUGCAGCAGAAAAGAUUUAUAAGGAAACCACUACCCGGGAUGAUACUGGCAGGUAUGUGGUCCACCUCCCUCUGAAACCCAAUGUCGACAGGCUACACAACAACCUGUUCAAUGCAUCUCGUCAACUGCUUAGCCUUGAGAAACGGUUGGAGCAAAAUUCAGAACUCAAAGCCCAAUACCAUGCAGCGAUGCAGGAGAAUCUGGAUUUAGGAUUCUUCGAAGAGGUUCCGCCAGACGAGAUGCACCGCCCUUCCUAUUAUAUGCCGCAUCACUGUGUGGUGAAGAUUUCGGGAUCAUCGAUCAAAAUCAGGAUCGUGAUGAACGCCAGUUCCAAAUCUCUGACCGGGCUGAGCUUCAAUGAUGUCACCAUGAUCGGUCCCACGGUGCAGCCCGAUAUUGUGACCAACCUUUUGAGAUUCCGGGAACACCAAUUUGCCUUUUCAUGCGACAUUAAGAAGAUGUAUCCUCAAAUCCUGAUACAUCCGCCCCACCGAGAUUAUCUCCGAAUUCUUUGGAGGUUCGAUACCAAUGAACCAAUCAAGCAUUACCGUGCAAGAGGAGUGUGUUUUGGCGUAAGCUCUUCUCCCUUUCUUGCCACCCGGACGUUGAUGGAGCUGGCAGAGAUAGCAUCAAAAACCCAUCCACUCGCCAGUGAGCUUCUCCGGAAGCACUUCUACGUGGAUGACUGCCUGGCAUCUGUCCGGACACUGGAGGAGGCUCAGCGAGCUGUCCAGGAGCUCACAGAAUUGUUAGCCACGGCAGGAAUGUCCCUGUCAAAGUGGAAUGCCAGCCACUCCUCCAUCCUGCCACAGUCCUCUGCUGAGGAGGUCCUCGAUGUCUUACCUGAUGCGUCCGCUACUCUUGGCAUGAUCUGGCAAAAGACUCAGGACCGACUAUCUUUCAAGUGGAAGCGUGAAUCUCCAUCCGUGCACACAAAACGGGUGGUCCUCUCAGUGCUGGCUUCUCUUUACGACCCGCUGGGUCUAUUAGGACCAGUUGUAAUCCUCGGAAAAUUACUUAUGCAAGCAAUCUGGCAAAUGAAGAUCGGCUGGGAUGAGCAAGUUCCAGAACCCAUACUCGGCAAGUGGCUGAAUCUCCUAGCAUCCCUCCCCAGCGUUCAGGACAUCUCAAUUCCCCGCUGGAUGUCGUUUUCAAUACAGUCCACUAUUCGGGAGGUUCAUAUAUUUGCUGACAGCAGCAAUGUUGCGUACGGAGCUGUCGCCUACUUGGUGACUGGGGACUCCCGGACGCAGCGGAUUUCUCAUCUCAUGGUCGCCAAAUCCCAUGUGGCGCCGGCUGAACCAACCACAAUUCCCAAAUUGGAGCUAUGCGCUGCAUUGCUCGGUGCCAAGUUGCUCAGUAAAAUCCGAAGUUCCAUUGAAGUCACCGAUUACCACAUGUGGUCUGACUCCACAAGUGUGUUAGGACAAAUACGCUCCAAGAAAAUGAAGCUUGAACCAUAUUUCCUCAACCGUGUCACCCAGAUUCUAGCACUGACGGACGCGGGAAAAUGGCACUACGUUCCUACUGCUGUGAACCCGGCUGACAUCAUCUCCAGGGGGAUGUACCCUCAUGAAUUAAAGGAAUCCAAUCUGUGGUGGCAUGGCCCCGAAUUUCUUACAAUGGAGGUUGAUGCAUGGCCACGUGAUCCAUCCCGCAAUGAACCUGAAACUGCUGAAGUUCUUGCGUUGCCCGCUGCACCCGCAGUAGAGGAGAAGCACCCUUUGGAUUCCAUUCUCUCCAGUUCGAAUGACUACCGUCGUAUCCUACGAGUUGUUGCAUAUGUCUUCCGAUUUCUCUCUGCCAUUCAAUCCAAGCCACGGGAGAACGGACCCAUCACAGCCAGUGAACUGGACCAUGCAGAACAAACACUCGUGAAGUUCACUCAGGAUGUGCAUCUGAGUGAGUUGGGAAAUGCACUUGCAGACGGUUCCCUGUACCGAACUGGGAAACUCAAGCCGCUCCAAGGGUUGAGUCCCUUUCUGGACCACCUCGGUAUUAUCCGGGUUGGUGGCCGCCUUGAUGAAGGGGCGGAAUCGUAUGACUUCAAACACCCAGUGCUUGUGCCAAAAUCACGUCUCGCCUAUUUGAUCGCUCUUCAUGUACACCAAGACCAAAUGCAUCCAGGACCCCAAUUGCUACUUGCCUUAGUAUCACACAGGUUCUGGCUCCUCGGGGGUAGGAGACUCACUCGCUCAGUGUCUAGAAACUGCGUGGUGUGUUGGCGACAGCGACCCACAAUGCUUGCUCAGCGGAUGGGCAAUCUCCCUACAGAAAGGAUCAGCUACGAAUCUGCAUUUGCGGUAUGCAAUGUAGAUUUCUGUGGGCCAGUGUUGACCAGACCAGCCUACAAGAGAGGGGGAGUAUCCUACAAGACAUACAUUUGUGCCUUCGUAUGUAGCGCCACAAAGGCGGUACACCUCGAGGUUCUGGGAGACAUGACCACCAGCUCGUUCCUUGCGGCUCUCACCCGCUUCUGCAGCCGCCGUUCAGCCCCGCGGAAGAUUUUCUGCGACAAUGGAAAGAAUCUAGUUGGAGCCGAUGCAGCACUCAAGAAGCUAUUCCACGAUCUCCAAUCCCAACCUCAGAUGCAAAAUGAAUGCUCCAAUAGAGGGAUCACUUUCCAAUUUAUCCCUCCUAGAUCUCCCCAUCAUGGCGGCCUCCAUGAGGCCGCAAUCAAGUCUCUCAAACAUCAUCUUCGUCGAGAGAUUGGCACAACAAUUCUGACAUUCGAGGAGCUCUCUACCGUCAUCUCCCAGAUCGAGGCUAUCCUCAACAGCCGGCCACUGACGCCCCUCCCAGCGGGCCCAGACGAACAACCAGCUCUUUGUCCAGGGCAUUUCACCACACUGAAGCCACUGGUGAUGAUGCCGUCUCAAGACUUCACAAACAUCAACCCAGGCCUACUCACCCGGUGGCAGUUGUGCCAGAAGCUCCUGCAGCAAUUCGCAAUUAGAUGGAAGAAGGAGUAUUUGCAAACUCUUCAGAGGCGCAACAAGUGGACAAAGGAAGAGGAGAACAUUAAGCCAGGGGAUGUUGUGCUCAUCUCGGAAGACGACAUGCCGCCCUAUGCCUGGCCACUGGCUGUUGUGGAUCAGGUUCACCCUGGAAGAGACGGAAAGUGUCGCGUUGCAACAGUGCGCACUGCUAAGGGAGUUUACACCAGGGCAGUGCAAAAGCUCUCCAAGUUGCCCAUUGAUGAGGGAUUACCACCCUCAGGAUCUCCCCCCCCGCAGCAUGUUGACGCAUUGGCGCGUCAACGCGACCAACGAUGCAACGCCCCCUGA